AUGAUCGAACUCGUGAUUGAAGUCGCAUUCUAUAUUUCCACCGCCGUGACCUUGUUUAUACUGUCGCUCCCAUCACAAUACGAGCCGAAGCGCCGUGGUAGUGGCGAUGUCUCUACUGAAACGAAGACCACCGCACAGGUCCUUGUGCUCGGUGAUAUCGGCCGCAGCCCCCGCAUGCAAUACCAUGCGUUAAGCAUUGCUCGUGGCGGCGGCCAGGUGGAUAUCAUUGGAUACUGUGAAUCGGAAGUUCAUCCUGAUAUUUCGGCGGAUCCCCGGAUCUCCGUGGUCCCCAUUCCUCCUCAUCCUCCCUGUUUACAAACGAGCAACAAGCUUCUUUUCCUCGUCUUUGCACCCUUGAAGGUCAUUUUCCAGGUCGUCUCUGUGUGGUGGAUUCUAGCAUACCGUACAAAACCCGUCAGAUGGCUUCUGGUUCAGAACCCACCCUCUAUCCCGACUUUGGCGGUUGCGUCCCUCGCCUGUUACCUUCGACAGACUAGGCUGGUUAUCGAUUGGCAUAACUUCGGGUAUACCAUUCUGGCCUUGAAACUUGGUGACAGACACCCAUUGGUCAGAGUGUCCAGGUGGUACGAGAUCGUGUUUUGCAAGACCGCCACUGCUCACUUCUGUGUUACCAAAGCCAUGGCAUCGGUAUUGAAGAAGGAAUUCGUUCUUGAAGCACCAAUUCUGCCAUUGCACGAUCGGCCGACAAGUCAUUUUAAGCCGAUCUUAGACGAGCGAGAGCGUCAAGAGUUCCUCCUAUCUCUACCCGAAACAGCACCCAUACGAACCCUUAUAAAAGAAGGGAAGGCCAAAGUCGUUGUCAGUUCAACCUCAUGGACACCGGAUGAAGACUUUUCGCUUCUCCUUGACGCCCUGUGUCGUUACUCUGAAUUGUCCAGUACAUCUAGUCCACACUUGCCCGCGAUCCUUGCCAUUAUAACCGGGAAAGGGCCCCAACGUGAGAUGUAUAUGGAACGGGUAUCUAACCUACAAAAAGAUGGAAAACUCAACAAGGUCACUAUCUGUACUGCAUGGUUGAGUACAAGCGACUACGCGCGACUGUUGGCAUCCGCCUCGCUGGGGGUAAGUCUGCACACCAGUAGCAGCGGAGUGGAUUUGCCAAUGAAGGUAGUUGAUAUGUUUGGGUCUGGUUUACCGGUGGUUGGUUGGAGCAAGUUCAGGGCGUGGCCCGAAUUGGUUACCGAGGGUGUCAACGGAAGAGGCUUUGGGGGAUCCGACGAACUUGCAGAACAGCUAAUCGAUCUCCUCGGGAAUCCGAAUGAGCUAGAGACGCUCCGUUCGGGUGCGCGAGAGGCAAGUUCUUACCGCUGGGACGAUGAGUGGAAUCCAGUAGCUGGGAAGCUAUUUGGGCUUGCAUAA